GCCCUCGUUAGAGUAAUAGUGCUCUGUGCUCAUGCGUCAUUGGCUGUUGGAACUUUGGAAUCUUUGAACGUAGUGUUUAAAAUUUAAAUUCUCUUUGCUUGGAAAGUUGGAAAAACACACAGUUCACUUUAUAUUAUUAUACUCUUUGAAACACAGUAACAGAUCACAGAACACUUUUACAUACUCCUAAUUGGAAGUAUUUUAAUUAUUAAUUUAAACAUAGGUCUCCAUUAAAAUAACAUAUCAUUGUGUUUUAAAAAUGUUUGCUAAUAAAGUUGUUUUAAUAACCGGUGCAAGUUCCGGUAUAGGAUCUGAAACAGCUAUAGAAUUCUCAAAAUUACGGGCUAAUGUUGUGAUAACUGGGCGGAACAAAGAGAAUUUAAAUAAAAUAUCAGAUUUAUGCCAAAAAUCGUCGCCAGAUAACUUAAAACCAUUAGUUGUUAUAGCUGAUAUGAACAGUGAAAGUGAUGUAGCAAAUUUAAUUAAGACAACAAUAGAGGAGUUUAAAAAACUAGAUGUACUUGUGAACAAUGCAGGUGUUCUGGAGGCGGGAACAAUUGAAAAUACAUCUCUAGAGCAGUAUGAUAGAGUUAUGUCUACAAAUGUUCGUAGUCCAUAUUAUCUUACCAUGUUAGCCACUCCAUACUUAAUAGAAAGCAAAGGUAAUAUUGUGAAUGUGUCCAGUGUCACUGGGAUGAGAUCUUUUCCAAAUGUUCUGGCUUACUGCAUGUCUAAAGCAGCAUUGGACCAAAUGACAAGAUGUGUUGCCUUGGAAUUAGCACCUAAAGGAGUCCGUGUUAAUGCUGUUAAUCCUGGUGUUAUUACAACAGGUCUUCAUAAGAAAGGUGGAAUGAGUGAUAAAGAAUACGAAGAGUUCUUGCAGAAAUGUGCUGAAACUCAUGCAUUAGGUAGAGCUGGUGAUGCAAAAGAGGUGGCAUCAGUGAUAGCAUUUUUAGCUAGUGAUGGUGCUAGUAAUAUAACUGGGGCAACUUUACCUGUUGAUGGUGGUCGCCAUGCAAUGUGCCCACGAUGAAUCACUUACAACAUACAGAUGUUAAUAUAUUAUAUUUAUAGAGUUUAAGAA